AUGUCGGGUUCUGGGUCUCAUCAUGUUUUAAGCUUGAGUGAACCGACCUUAUCAAAGGCUUCGCCAGAGAACGCGAGUGAGAAGAGCCACUGGGUGAGAGACGCAGACGGGCAGGUGAAAGGUUUUGCAAAUCCAUGGGAUAGUUCGCAUGACUUUUCCUUCCCCGAAAUUUUCAAGAGCAUGAUCCAACACAAGUUCUUCUCUAAGAAUAGCCAACGACCUGAUACCACUGCAUCAACGGUCUCCGUCAUCGAACCAAAGUUCCUCCCAACGAGGGAAAAAUCACACGUCCUGCGUGCAACAUGGUUGGGGCAUGCCUGUUACUUCGUGGAAUUUCCCACAGGCCUACGGGUUCUCUUUGAUCCCGUAUUCGAAGACCGCUGCUCUCCGGUAUCAUGGCUAGGUCACAGGAGAUUUACACCCAGACCUUGCGAUAUCUCUGAAAUCCCCUUCAUUGAUUGUGUUAUCAUAAGCCACUCUCAUUACGAUCAUCUUUCAAACCCCACCAUUCUUGACAUUUAUAGACAACACCCCUCGGCUCUAUUCUGUGUCCCAAAGGGUCUCAAGAAAUGGUUCGCAGACUGCGGUAUCAAGAACACCGUUGAGCUCGAUUGGUGGGAGGACGUUAACCUCACCCUGCACAAGUCAACCGACGAAAGGCGUUCUGAUGCCUCCACCCUACGCCCCUCAGAUGACGAUAUCACGGCGACAAUAUCAUGUCUCCCCUGUCAACAUACGUCCGCACGGACUCCUUUCGAUAAAGCAACCACGCUCUGGGCCUCUUGGGCCGUCUCCUCGGGUGGCAAGUCCGUGUACUUUGCGGGUGACACGGGUUAUCGUACAGUCCCAUACUUGCCUCCCGAUAUUGAUGACUGGGGAUCCGAGUUUGUACAUCUACCAGUCUGUCCUGCGUUCAAAGAGAUUGGCAAAUUCCGAGGACCCUUUGAUCUUGGGCUCAUCCCGAUAGGGGCGUACAAGCCACGACAUGUUUUGAGUACCGUUCACUCAAACCCGUAUGAUUCUGUGGAGAUCUUCAAGGAUACGAAAUGUCGGAAAGCCAUUGGGGUCCAUUGGGGGACCUGGGCCGUGGCGGAAGAGAAUGUGAUGGAACCACCGGAAUUAUUGAGGAAAGCGCUAGCGAAGAGCGGACUUCCUGAGACGGGUGUAUUUGAUGUGUGUGAUAUUGGCGAGAGUAGGGAGUUUUGA